AUGACUAUCACCGGAAGCUGCAUGUGUGGUGGCACCACCUACGCCAUUGAAGCCGACAGCUACCUGGCCGCCUUGUGCCACUGCACCGACUGCCAAAAGUGGACCGGCGGUGCCUUCACCUCCAAUGCCGUCGUGCCCCGCUCCAGCUUCAAAGUGACCAAGGGCACACCCAGCGCCUAUGACGCUGUCGGCGCCAGUGGUAAGGUCAACAAGCACUUCUUCUGCCCGACCUGUGGCUCCAGUCUCUACACCGAGCUGGAAAUCAUGCCUGACAACACGGUCGUCAAGGCCGGAGGCUUGGACGGUGGCGAGGCGAACCUCCGGGGCAAGAUUGAUAUCGAGUUCUACGUGAAGGAUCGUCCUAGCUACCUUGCUCCUGUUGAGGGUGCUAAGCAGGAGCCGAUGUUCGGUUAA